CAAAGUGAAUCAAUCAAAAAUGUUCAGAAAAAUUUCCAUCGGUUGUAGGUAUGGAGAUCUCGUCAAAAUCAAAAAUUUCAAAGAAACUGAUCAUGAUAAACGCGAUGAUCAUGAUAAACGCGAUGAUCAAGAAGAACCGAAAGAAGAACCGAAAUCGAGUCUUUCUCCUCAAAUUGAUACGAAGAGGAAGAAGCUGCUUGUUCUGAAUCUUAAUGGCUUUCUCAUCCGCAAAGUUCAUAUUCUUGACCAUUUCAGACGCAUAUUUGUCCCGAAUCGUAUAGCUGAUUACCGAUUCCGUGACACUCUCCUUUUUAAGAGGCCGUUUAGUGAAGAAUUUAUGAAAUUCUGCUUACAAAGAUUUGAAGUUGGAAUCUGGUCUUCUGCGGUAGACAAGAACGUGCGUGGUGCUUUAACAUGUGCUAUUGGAGGAGAUCUCCUAGAUAAGCUGCUAUUUGUUUGGGAUCAGUACUCCUGUACGGACACUGAAUAUAAAUCUUUCGAGAAUGCUCAAAAGCCUCUUUAUAUGAAAGAAUUAGAAAGAGUGUGGAGUCAGUAUCAAACCUAUUCUGCUUAUAAUACUCUGAUGAUUGAAGAUAAACCAUAUAGAGCCAUCCAUAAUCCGCCAAAUACCUCGAUUUUUGUCAACUCCUAUGAUUUAGAGAAUGAUACGGACAAUUUUCUUGAUCCAAAUGGUGAACUAUGCACGUACUUGAAUGGAGUUGCUGAAGCUGACGAUGUUCAGGAUUAUGUUAAAGAAAAUCAUUUUGGUUUACCAGGAAUUUCAGGGAAUCAUCGCGAUUGGGAAUUAUACAUGCUACUUACUUACAGUACUUUUGGAAAUCUCGUCAAACUCAGGGACUUGUUAGAAUUAGAAGAAGAAGAAGAAGAUGAAAGUUCUCAAGAUGCAGGCUCUCAAGAUGCAAUAGAAUUGAAUCUUCCUUUUGAGGAUAUGCAUAUUGAAGUUCCACUACCUAAGCAGAAGAAGUUGCUUAUUAUGAAUCUUAAUGGCUUUCUUUUGCGCAGAAUUAAUUUUGCUGAUUGGGAAAACAAUCCAUCUCCUCGAAUUGCUGAUUACAUAUAUCGUAACUUUCUUCUUUUUAAGAGGCCAUAUAGCAAACAGUUUAUGAGAUUCUGCUUAGAAAGAUUUGAAGUUGGCAUUUGGUCUUCUGCUAGAGGGUAUAAUCUGGAUGGUGCUUUAACCUGUGCUAUGGGAGGAUUAAAAGAAAAGCUACUUUUUGUUUGGGAUCAAUUUGCAUGUUUUAAUACUGGGUUUAGAGCUGUGGAGAGCUUAGGGAAGCAUCUAUAUUUCAAAGAAUUACAUAAAGUGUGGGCAGCAUUGCAGAAUAGAGGAUCCUAUUCUUCUGCUAAUACUUUGGUGAUUGAUGACAAACCAUAUAGGACUAUUCUUAAUCCUCAUCAUGCAUCAAUUUUUACUGAGUCAUAUGAUAUAGAUGAUGAGGAGGACAAUUUACUAGAUCCAGAGGGUGAAUUGUGCAACUACUUGAAUGAAGUUGCUGAAGCUGAACAUGUUGGGCAUUAUGUUCAAGCAAAUCCUUUUGGUUUACCUGGACUUACACCCGCUCAUCCUGACUGGAACUAUUACGCGAUAUUUCGUACUAGUGCUUAUCAAGUGAAUGGGUUUCAUUGAUACAUGAUUUUGUUUUUGACAAGGAAAAUGUUGUGUCUUGUUGCUAUUUUGUAUGUACUUAAUAAGUUUCUUUAAUUGUUGUUGAUCUGAAAAGACUUGUGUAUUGUUGCUACAGUUUUAUUUGGCAGUAUAUUUUUCAGUUCAUGGUUUC